AUGAUUGCGAUUCGGCCAUGGGCGGUUGCGUGGGGAAGUAUUCCAUUCGUCAUUGAUCUGUUUGUACCGCGUCGGUGCGGCGACAAGAAUGCGGUCGGUGCUUUGCCACUGGGAAACGAAGAACGUCGCGGAACAUCGGAGUGUGCAAGUGCGCGGCUGAAAAUCAACGGAGCCGCUGUAGGUUCUGUGGCCACGUCAAAAUUUCUGUCAACGGGCAAAGUACGACGCCGCAAAGUAAAACACAAACAUGGCCGUCAGAGAAGAGAAAAUAUGCACGCUGGCCGCCGCAUUUCUGGCGUUUUUGGUUGCCGUUUGUCGAGCCAGCGCUCCGAUGGACAUCAAAAUGGACGAGAAGGCCCACAGCAUUCACAGGGUGGAUACGGUAAACAUCCUGGUCUACACUUUCCUGCUCAUCCUCACCGUGUGCAUCAUUUGGUUUUUCAAGCGACGCCGUGCCCGGUUUCUCCACGAAACUGGACUAGCGAUCAUAUUCGGACUCAUAGUCGGAGCAAUAGUGCGGUAUGCAAGUGAGGAGACUGAAAUGUCACAUGUGCGCGUGGUGCCCAUUCAGGGCAGCAACUACAGCGAUGCCGUCCCACCAGACAAUGUGUUUGUGAUGUUGGAGGUUGCCAAGAGCGAAAUUGGGCACAAAGAGAACAAGACCUAUGCAUACACCUUCCAAGGCGAGGUCACCGAUGUGGAAAGCAAGAAACUGAACCAGAAGGCAACCUUUGAUCCAGAGAUAUUUUUCAACAUUAUCCUUCCACCCAUUAUAUUUAAUGCUGGGUACAGCUUGAAGAGGAAAUUCUUCUUCAGGAACUUAGGCACAAUAAUGACCUAUGCCUUUGUUGGAACAACAAUAUCCUGCUUUGUUGUUGGGGUGAUCAUGUAUGCAUUCCUAAUGUUCAUGCCACACUUGGAGUUCACCUUCAACAACUGUCUCUAUUUUGGCGCCAUCAUCUCAGCUACCGACCCUGUGACAGUAUUGGCCAUUUUCCAUGACCUUCAUGUUGACGUGAACCUUUAUGCUCUUGUUUUUGGCGAGAGCAUUCUAAAUGAUGCUGUGGCCAUUGGCUUAGUUUCGGCAAUUUCUAGCUAUGAAGAGAACAAUAACGAAGGAAAGGAGUUUGAAGUAGCCGCAGCAUUUAAAGCAUUUGGAAAUUUCGUCUACAUUUUCCUUUGCUCAUUCAUGAUUGGCUCCGUGACUGGAUGCGUCACAGCACUCAUAUCCAAGUUCACAAAGCUGUGCGACUUCCCACUGUUGGAGAGCUGCCUCUUCGUGCUCAUGUCCUACACAUCUUUCCUCAUUGCUGAAGCACUUGACCUCACAGGUAUUGUGGCUGUGCUGUUCUGUGGAAUCUGCCAGGCCCACUAUACCUACAACAACCUAUCAAUAGAAUCUCGGUUGCGGACAAAACAGCUCUUUGAAUUACUAAAUUUCCUAGCAGAAAAUUUUAUCUUCAGCUACAUUGGUGUCUCCAUGUUCACGUACAAGAAACACAGAUGGGAUGCUGGCUUCAUUAUGGUUGCCUUCCUAGCAAUAGCAGCUGGGAGAGCGCUUUACAUCUACCCACUGACGUUCCUGCUGAACCUGGGGAGAACGCACAAGAUCCCUGGCUCUUUUCAGCACGUGCUAUUCUUUUCAGGUCUGCGUGGUGCAAUGGCUUUUGCACUGGCUAUUCGAAACACCCUCUCUGAACAGAGGCACUUGAUGCUCACAGCCACCUCGCUCAUAGCCAUUGUGACGGUGAUAGUGUGCGGUGGUUUCACUACACAGCUCCUGGCAUGGCUGAGCAUACCGGUGGGAAUUGAAGAGGAGCAUGAAAUGCUUCAGUUCACUGGUAUCAGGCCCGGUUAUCAGGCAACUCAAAAUGGGGUGGCUGGCCAGGUGCAAACACCACCAGAACUGCAGAGCCCACCACCACAGCCAGAGACAAGGACACCCUACGAGAAGGCGUGGCUUGUACGCAAGUGGUACAACUUUGACGUGAAAUUCAUGAAGCCCCUGCUGACGCACAGCCGCCCGACGCUUCUGGACACGCUGCCCCAGUGCUGCCUGCCCUUGGCCCACGUGCUCACCUCCACGGAGCAGCUGAUGCAGGAGGAUGCUCGACCCCGAGACGACGACUCAGACACAGACCUGUGCCUGGACGAGAGCGACUUUCACUUGCCCGAACGCAACAGCGCCUCCUUUCGGGGAUCCCUGUCCCGGGUAAACUCAGCUCUUGCUCCCCAAGUGUUUGUCAUUGAGAAACCACCCUCACAGCAGCCUGUCCCAGCUGAAGCUCGCAGGGCCGACCUCCCCAAAGCUCCCCAGUUUUUCUCGUCUCUGUCGCUCGGGUCUCUGUAAUAGAAAAGUGUCGUGCUGUGAUGCCUCUUGCUGAUGCCCUGCCCCCUCCACAAAGCACACCCUGUGUUGUAGCAGUCAACGCCGUCGCAAGUCUCGGUGCAUCUGCUGGCACAGAAGUUCCCGCUGCGAAGUUUUGGCAGCUUUUAGAAGAGACUGUGCGCUUAGUCUCGUGUUCGCUUGCCUUUCUUGACAGCGACUGUGCCUUCAGCCAGUGCUGUUGCUAAUUGAUCAAUGUGUUCGUGUUGGCCCCCCUUUACAUGGUGGCUUGUACUCCUGUUGUUUUAAGCUCUCCCAGUUCUGGUGAUUUCUCUUUACGCCUUCCCCCUCAUACAUGCUGGCAUGUUUCUUGAUUCAAAGUUGAAGGUUAUAACUUCUUGUUUUUAAAACAAGCUCUUUUUUUGGUUCGGAAAUCUUUUUUUUUUUUAUCUCUACACAACGAAAGGAAAUCUUUUUCACCUGGUAAUUUAAUAUCUUCACAACAGUAUUAAAGUGCAACUGGAUUUCCAUUGCUUUCAUCUAAAUAAUAAAUGAUAGUUCCAUAUACAGGAGUGAACUUUGAAACACUGUGAUUUAGAAAGCGUAGUUCCUACUCUGAUGGUUCAAUUAUUUGGCUGAUAGUUUCUUCCUGUCCUUUAUAAAACUGUGAUAAUUAUACCUUACCUCAUUAUUUCUUACAUAGGAAAGCAGACCUUAUUGCAAGAAGCAAGGCUGCAUUCUUCUAUGAAGUAACGAGCUGUGGACUUAGGUUAAGAUGAGCAUUCGUUUUAUAAGAAGGCCCGAAAGUGGAGUUAGUUCAACCAUUAUUCCUUGUUAGGAGUGUCCAAACAUGUGUAAAAGCUGUUUGAGGUAGUUUAGUAAUAAAUUAGUGAUAUUAUCUCUGUAAUUCAUUAAAGCAGGCAGUUCUGCGUACGCUGUUUGAAGUGGUGUGCUACCUCUCGCAUCCUUCGUAGUGUUUCUAAGUACAACUAGCACGAUAUGAGAAAAGUACUGGUAGGCAGCCUUGCAUCAGUGUGCGUCAUUUUGUGCUGCAUGCGUAUGGUGUAUGGGGCGUCAACUGUGCAUUCUUGUAUGACGUCUACAAAACACCUGGAGAGCAUUUAAUGUUCGAUAGAUAUAAGUAUGUGCAACUAACUUUGUAGGUACGUUUCAGUGACUGUGGAAGAAUAAAAGGUGUAUAUCAUAGGCACAGGAUAACUGCACCUCUGUUCGUGCUGGUUUCCUCGACCUGUGGGAGCAAUGCAGUUAUAAGGUCAUAAUUUUUCUGAUCCCUGCUAGCGGCAUGAGGUGCUGUGUUCGCCAGGGGCGUAGCCAGAAAUUUUUUUGGGGGGGGAGGGGGGGGGGGUUCAGCCAUACUUUAUGUACGUUUGUGCAUGCGUUUGUAUGUGUGCGUGUUAUAUACGCAAGCAAAAUUGAAAAUUUUCGGGGGGGGGGGGGGUUGAACCCCUCAACCUCCCCUUGGCUACGCCCUUGGUGUUCACAUACUUCCUUUAAUAUUUCCCACAAAUGUCCUUAUGUCUGGAGUAACCUCUAAGGUACUACUAGCUCUUGCUGUCUCUGUAAUUACUGUUUAAAGAUGCAGCUAGAAAUCACCUAAGCGAACCCUCUGUCAAAUUUAAUUUGCAGUGUUGCCAUCGGGAUCGUAUGUCUUGGUUAGGGCUUUCAGGAUAUUUUCCCAGUGUGUGCACGCUUUAAGCUGGGCGUGGGCUUUGUGUCGAUAGAAAAAAGCUGCACUCAUUUUGAUUAUUUGUCAUUGCGCAGGCAGUGAUAAUUAGUACUGGGAAAUUAGUAUCAAGAAACAGAGCAGUUACUUUUUAUUCGGCCAGAGCAUUUUGACCCAGUAUGAUUUAAUGACACCAGUAACUACAGCUUAUUAACUCUCAACAUACACUCUCUGCACUGCCUUGCUUAUCAGUGUUUCAGAAUGUUUCUCUGUAAUAGCAGCAUAAACAAUGCCCUAUUUCAUUGAGAAGAUCGGUACAAAGGGCAGUUUAUAAGCUGCUCGGAAAACUGCUCCUUGGUGCUUUGCCCUAUGUUCGACCGUCAAGUUGUGUCUGAAGGCUUCGGGAAAUCAUUGCCUGUACCGACCAGAGAUUAUUGUCACUCCUGUGUGGAACUUUUUCCCAUUUUUAUACACGCGCAUAAAGAUUCCUUUGUAGAGUUCCACACUCUUGGAAAAUGAUGUCCCUUACACUGUUGCACCCCUGGCAAAAGAGGUGAAAACUACAAACAAGAGGAAGCAGUUCCUUGGCAUCAUUGAUAUGCUCGUCUAUUCUUCUUCAAAGCACUAAGCCUUGAAUUUUAUUUUGGAAGCCAUAAAAUGUCACCGGUUGUUGAGCACGAGACGUCCGUCUUUCGAUAUGCCCAACUUUAUUUGAAAACAUUGUGGCGCAGUUGUUGAUUGAAUGCAAACGGUAUCAAACUGUGUAGCUUGAAGUAGGUGCACUGAGAUUGUAUGCGUGCAGCCCGAAGCUUGCUUCUCAAAUGUUUGGUGCAAGCCGUAGCUGGCUUGAUCUUUUCAGUACUUGAGAACACUGAUUUUUGCGUUAUUGCGUUUACGUCUCUAAAUGAACCUUUAUUGGUGCCUUGUAGCGUUCAUUUUUUUAUCUUCGUUAUUUCUUAUAUCGCAGUGAGAAAGCCCAUAUAUCUAUAUAUAUAUUUUUAAUAUCAACGGUGAGCAUAAGUGGGCAUGAAACGUUGCAAGCUGCAUGAAGGUAUGCAGCUUGCGCAGCUGGUUGAAUGUGGUUGCAGCCUCAUCAGUGGCCUCUAUUAGCACACUAGAACCCCUAGUAGUGUAUGUUGGGCACUUUCUUCAAGCACACAUGAAGAGCUAAAACAUUUAACUAUGGUGUGUUCCAUUUUUGGAACACUGUCACUUGAGUGCUGUGCGUCAAAUCUUUCAGUUUUUGUGAGGUUGGUCACAGCACAUCAAAUGUCUGUGAACAAUCAUUGGGAAAUACAACAGAGCGUGUGCUACAUGCAUUGGUUUAGCUAGCUUGCUGAGCAGUAUAGCGCAGUGGUAAUUUUCCUGCACUUGUAACUCAGUGUUUUCAUUUGUUUAUCAUGGCGUGACGGGCAAAGGUCGUGGCGCGGCUGUGGUACUGUUUGGCUAAGUGGGCUGUAGACUGGUACAAGUUGAAUAGGAAAGUGUAGCCAAACUUAAAAAAAUGAGCAAAACAGGAAGGCUAGCAUUUAGAGAACUUGCACAGUAGUGCAGGUGUGAAUUUUGGUUCUAAUGACCAUUUGAAGCAGUUUAUUUUGUUAGUUUUUUAAAUUAUUUUUGUUUCAUAUCGAGGACAGUGUAACUAGAAAUAUAGAUGAACUGAAAUAUACAUAAACAUCCUGUGUACACCUCACUUUGUGUUUUUUGGUUUCCUGUUUCUCGUUACGGUUCUUAAUUCAAGAUGUUCAACCAAAGAGCCAAGAUUAUAAUGGUAUCAAGUAAUACAAUCUGCAUCUUGCUCUCUUUAAGGAAUAAUUAAUAUUAUGCAUAUUUUAAGGAAAUGUCUUGCUGAAAAACAGAGACGUGACCAACACUAACAGUUCAUAGGCCUUCAUUACACCAUCUGUAAUAUCAAAACGAAACCUAAUAUGAAAUUAUAGUUUAACUAACUUCUGAGUAGAUGGAGGAACCAUUGCAUGGGUGUUUUCAUGGCCAUGAACUGUCUCAGUGAUGGCCAGGGGUGUGCAUCAGCAACCAGAUGGCUAUACUAGGGGGCAGCACAUAAGAAUUGUUUUAUUUUUACAUGUAAUGUUGCUACAUAAUGGAAUAUAGAGAAUAAUGUCAUUGUCUCGUAGUCCUGAGACUAAACUUGGACCUCAGAAAGAACUUAGAGGGUCCAAAUUGCCCAUAAAGCUCUUCUAAUAAUGUUAUUUCUGAAUCGCCACCCCAGUAUCUUGUCAUUUGCUCUGGCUUCCAUGAACUAUAGUCACUUUGUUAGGGUAAAGUUUUUUCCCGAGUAAACCUAAAAGCACUGAUAGAUAGGUCAGCAUCUGUGCUUGAUAUUAGUGUGGAUAUAUCUCUUUGCUGUUGUACUUCAAGUAGCAUUGACAGAUUUCUUCAACGCUGCUCUUGCCUGCAUCUCAACACCUCCUGAAAGAAAAUAUAUAUAUCUUGAGAAAGAAAAAAUCUUGAGAGCUACAGGCUGUCAAGAUGCAAGCUAUUCUCUUAUCUAGCAUGGAAGCCACGAAGGUUGGGUCUGUUGCAGUGCUUCUGCAGACUUUGCCUGGUAGGGAAAAAAAUAUGAGUAUGAGAUCCAGACUGUGGUUGCUCAUAAGUGGUUAACUGCGUUAGAGCCUUGAAGUAUUGUCUCAUUUUAUGAAUACUUCUGACCACUAGUUAUCCUUCACUGACCUUACAUCUUAACUAUAUUUGAAAUAAUAGUUGUAUGCAAGGGAUGACUUGGGUGUUUGUUAAUUAUUGCAAAUCAGAAUGAACUUGAAUGACUUGACCUUAUAUUCUCGUUUGACAGCAAUGGAAUGCUUGCACUUCAUGCACACACCAGAGCAAACUUUUUUUUUUGUUCAGGGACAUUUAUUGCUACAAAGACGAGAUUAUGAAUGGAUAUCUAUAUCCAGGUUCUCAGUGUUCACUUUCAUUUCUUUGUUCAUGAUAUGUGCCCAAAAAGCUUGAAGCCUGGACAUGAACACUGCACCUCAAUGUGUGCACUUGCCUUUAUUUAUUCAUUUGAGGUGCAUUUUCUUGAGUACCUUUUAUUCUAGUCUUCUCUUUUUUUUUUUCCUUUCCUCGGAUGUGAUCGUAUGAUGCCAUGACGAACGUUCUUGAUUGUCAGUGUAAAGCCCACAUUAAGUGUACAUUCACUAAGUCUUUGAAUGCUCACAUAUAUAACUUUUGUUGUUGUUUUCAGUAGAAGUUCCAGCAUUUCAAUUGAGCAUUGUGACAUUUUUAUUUGAUUUUACUAGGUUAGUACCAAAACUUUACAAAAUGCCAACAAAGUAACAAUAAUACACUUUCGAGAUAUUUCUCAUUGUGAAGAGGGAAAUGACUUUUUUUCUAUAUAUUCUCCUUUUGGUUCAUUAAAACUGUUGUGAUGCUGAGAACUGAUAAACCUGCAAUUUUUGUAUUCUGUUGAGUGCACCGCAUGCAUGGUAAGAGGAUUUAGAUUGCAUGCUGGGAUCACAUGGUUUGGAGUACCUUGUUCUGCUCUUUAAUGUACCAAUGCUUACUUGCACUUUUGAUUAUUAGAUGUAAGUGUUUUUUAUUAUUGCAUUUGAGUAUGUUGGUGUACUUUCACUCUGCAGAUGUAUUUUUGUAAUGUUUACUGCUGUAGGAAGUUUUACUCUGUCUAUGCAUUGACAUAGCAUGUACAGUUGAGCUUACCUAUAAUGGGUCCUACAUGCAACAACCACUCUGUCACUGGGAAUGAAGGCAAUGAAAUAGUCUGAAUUUUUAUCAGUGACAUCGAUUUCAUAUCCUGGGGCAUAUACUAGUGGACAUGUUUGAACUGAUAUGCAGACAUGUCCAGCAGAACAGGUGGCAUGAUUUAGAUGUAGGGUAGUAUCCUGUAUAAUCCUCCUAAAAUUGUGAUAUGUUUAUCCAAGCACCCAAAUUAUCUCUGAUUCUUAUUAUUAGGUUGUUGAUUCGAGUUCUUCACCGGUACACUGUGCUGGUCUUUACUGUAUUUUAUUGCAUUGCUUAGAUAAGCAUUUGUCUCUGCAAGGGAGUCCAGACAUUUCCUUGCCUACACUGAAGCACACUUAAUUACUCACUUUUAAAAGCCACGCUUUGUCACGUUUUUAGCAGCCAAUCUUGUGCUGUGAUUGGAUUCACCAUGAGUAGGCUCAACUGUACAUAAACUUCGUUAUUGUAAUCCACAGGCAUGUGCAUCUCGCUGUCACAGUGAUGUUUACUCUAUGCCGUGGCUUUAUUGUCGUGCUCUCAUGCCAAAAAAUAUAUCUGUGUAAAUGCUCACUCGGUCUCUGUAGCCUUACCGCGGCUAGCCUGCAAGACGCAGUGUAUGUUCAUUACAAGACAUUCAUUAAUUUCACAAGUUCACCUAUAUUAUAGGUCAUUUGGCAAAGUAGAUGCUCUUUGUACUUUUCAGUGUUCAGUGCAUGAGUAAUUUGUGGCUAAUUUUUUCUUUGUAUGCCUUUUCUAGGGUGACCUACAACCGUGUUUAUUUCCCGAAAAAUAAGAACAUUUGCACAACCCUAGGCAACAAUGUGCCCUUGCAUAUGGUGUGUGUGUAUUAAUAAAUUUUCUUUCAGGUGA